AACAAUGGCCGAAUCUCUUCUGCUCAACUUUACUCAGAGCGUGAUCGAAAAGUUUACCUCUCUUGCACUCAAAGAAAUAUUAUUAGCUUGGGGACUUGAAAGGGAACUUCAACAGAUUAACAAAUACUUAAAGACCAUAACUGCUGUGCUUUCGGACGCUGAGCAGCGCCAAUCACGGAGCCACCGGAUACAAGUGUGGCCCGUAAACUAAAGAAUCUUAGAAUGAGAGUUGCUGGAGUUGUUAAACUUAAGUCUGAUUUCGGCUUAGCGGAUUACGGGGUAAACAAUACGCAAGUCGUUCGCAGGGAGAGGAGAUUGACUCACUCAUUUGUGGAUGCUGCAACUGUCAUUGGAAGAGAUGAAGAUAAAGAGAAGAUCGUAGAUCAUUUAUUGAAUGCUUUCGAUAGAGAAAAUGUCUCGGUUCUUCCCAUUGUGGGAAUAGGUGGUAUAGGGAAGACUACACUUGCUAAGCUGGUGUAUAAUGAUCCAAGGAUAAGUAGUCAUUUUGAGAUGAAGGUUUGGGCAUGUAUUUCCGACGACUUUGAUUUGCAAGAAGUUCUUAAAAAAAUCAAUGAGGCCACCACCAGUCAGAAUUGUUCAGGCUGGGGUAUAGAACAAUUACAAGCAUUCUUGAGGGAGACUAUUAACAAUAAAAAAUACUUGCUUAUCUUAGAUGACGUGUCCAAUAAGAAUCGACGAAAAUGGAAUGAAUUGAGAGCUUUGUUGAUGGAGGGUGCUAACGGAAGUAGAAUUCUAGUCACUACAAGAGAAAAUAGUGUUGCCUCAGUUAUGGCUAGUGUUCCACCUUACAAUUUAAACGACCUUUCUCAUAAAAGUUGCCUAUCUUUAUUUGUCAAAUGUGCAUUUAAAGAUGCACAAGAUGCGGAAUACUAUCCAAAUCUUGUAAAAAUUGGUGAAGAAAUUGUAAAUAAAUGCAAAGGAGUUCCGCUAGCAGUAGUAACAUUAGGAUAUUUGCUCUAUUCCAUCGAGAGUGAGCAUGAGUGGACAUCUGUAAGGAAUAGCGAGAUAUGGAAACUAGAGCAGAAGGAGGAUGAUAUAAUGCCGGCACUAAGAAUAAGUUAUGAGCAGUUGCCAUCUGACUUAAAAAGAUGCUUCGCAUACUGUUCAUUUUUUCCAAAGGAUUAUAUAGAUACUGAUUUUCAUUUAAUUAAAUUUUGGAUGGCGUACGGGCUUUUUGAGUGUAAGAAUGAUAAUGAAGAGUUAGAAGAUGUUGGAUUGCGUUGCUUUAGAGAAUUAUGUUCGAGGUCCUUUUUCCAAGAUAUCGAUGCAGUAAUACAUUGGGUACGCUGCAAAAUGCAUGAUUUAAUGCAUGAUCUUGCGUUAUCAUUGACGCAAAAAGAGUGCUCACUAGUAACAUCGACAACCCAACAAAUACCAAGGGAUGUUCGGCAUCUGUUAUUUGCUAACCCAAAUUCACUUCCUGAAAGUCUUCCUAUGAUCUUACAAGGUUUAAACGGCGUACGAACCAUUGCACCUUUUGUGUCCUCUGACUUUAUUAGCCAGUCGUUCAUUCUAACGUUGUAUUUGCCAACAUUCCAAUUCCUGCGGUACUUGGAUUUGAGUUAUUCGGAAAUAGUAACACUGCCGGAAAGUAUUGGUAGGUUAAAACAUUUGAGACUUCUCAACUUAAUUUAUUCCAAAAUAAGAAGACUACCUAAUUCUGUUUGCAAGUUACAGAGCUUACAAACUCUAUGGCUUUGGGGCUGUUCUGGAAUUAAAGAGUUACCUAGUGACAUGAAAUGCUUCAUCAGCCUUCGAUCUUUGUCGAUAACCACAAAGCAAAAGUGUUUGCCAAAUAAUCGAAUAGGAUGUCUAAAAUCUCUUCGAAAUUUGGGAUUCUUUUCUUGUAACAAUAUAGAAUUCUUGUUUGAAGAUAUGCAGGGUCUCAACCGCCUUCGAAAACUGGCCAUCGAGAAUUGUUCAAGCUUAAAAAGUCUGCCACAGAGUAUAAAAUGCCUGACUUCAUUGGAUUUUCUUUCUAUCGCGAACUGUCAGAACCUUGAUUUGGAAAUGGAGGAGGAAGAGAGCGAUAAUCAACCUCGAUUUUGCCACCUCGAAACGCUGAUACUUGCAGGUCUACCAAAGUUGGUGGAAUUGCCCCCGGUGGGUUCUCAAUAA